AUGCACGCUUCGCCUCUCUCUCCUCCGUCUCCAUCAUCUCUCUUCUCGCUUUCUCCCUCAUUUCUUCCUUUUGAAGGCAAUCCCUACACUCCCCCAUCACCGACCUCCCCACCACAUCUCUCACCCCCAACCGAAAGUCAUGACAACUCAAGCAAAUCACAUACGAGACACCUCGCACGACAAUCUGCGCCCCAGGCCCAUACCUCGGCUGCCCGACCCUCGGCUUCAGCCCACAAUCGACACAGAAUCGUUUACCCGCAUCGCGACCAUACCUCCCUCGUCGACGAUGAACCAUGCGGUCUGCGAACUCAGUUCUCGGGCGCAGUCGCAGACAGUACCGACAUGCAAAUACAUCCUUGA